AUGGUUUUGUUGGUGCUGGGCCACGCUGGAUUUGUGGAGGUUGCGGGGGAUAAUAAGACCGCAUCGCAAUUGAGAUGGAGCUGGUCAGACCAGCAGAAAUGCCGAGACGAUUUCAAGUCAAUAAAGGAUCUUUCCGAAAAGAAGCGCAAGUCUUAUCUCGAAAAGGAUCCUACGGGCGUCAGAAUUCUCAAACAUCAGUCUCUUGUUUGCGUACUUUCAGGAAAUCAAAUCAUCAGUCUCGCAAGUGUUCACCGCGUGGAGGCACUGCUUGCGCAGAAGCCACCUGUUAUUGUGCUUCAGCUGGAAGGGGAGGCUAGCAUCGCAAAGACUCUCCUUCAGCUGCAGUCAUCGGAUACCAUUCGGCUCAUUCAGAUCGACACUGCAAUUUUUGCCUUUGAGCCAGUCUUGAAGGCUCUGCAAAACACGCAGUUCAUUCCGCUUUCAGAGGAGCUCCUGUUCUGGAAGGACGGGAACCUCAUUGGCGGCGCUUCGGUGACUGCGACUCAGGUCACGCGACCACUCGCUAUAAAUCCCUCUGUGAAUUUGCAGCGGCUCCUGGGGACUUCAUCUAGUAUCGUGCUUGAUAAGUCUCAGGCGGCAUCACUUCUGGCAGGACUCAUGCAGAGGCUUUCCCUCAUCCAGGGCCCUCCAGGAACCGGGAAGUCAUUCAUUGGCGCGCUGCUUGCAAAGGCUAUCCACAAUCACACCGAACAGAAGAUUCUUGUAGUCUGCUACAUGAACCAUGCCCUGGAUCAAUUCCUAGAAGAUCUCAUGAAGAUCGGUAUCCUGGAGACUAACAUGAUCCGUCUUGGCAGCAGAGCAAACGCGCAGCUGAAGAGGGCGUCGAGUGUUCACUGCAACAAUCUAGAGGACGCCAUGGACAGGUUCAUAGCCUCGAAGAUGGCAUUCAAGGACGUCCUCACGUACGUCGAGAUGGAGGACUCGAAAUACUUUGAUGCAUUCCACGGUGGCAAAGCAGUCUCCUCGGAGGAACUCAUCUCUAGAUGGUCUGGAGGAUCUAACGCUGGGCAGUUCAAAGACGAGCUCAAUAUAUGCAAUUCAAUCCUCGAGGAAAUUCGCAAGAGUUACAACGAGUGCCAAGAUCAACUGACAUGCAAAUUUGGGGAAGCCACUGUGGCGACCCUCAUGGGGAAGAGAAUCAUUGCAUGUACGACGACUGGAGCAGCCAAGUUGGCAAAAGACAUUCGUGCGGCGAAACCUGAUAUCCUUCUCAUUCUUGAAAGUCACGUCCUUACUGCCAUGGGCGAGAAUACAAGCCAGAUGAUUCUCAUCAGCGACAACAAGCAAUUACGUCCCAAAGUCAACAACUACAAGCUGGCUGUUGAAAAGGGCGACGGCUUUGAACUCAACAGAUCACUCUUUGAACGCCUGGUUCUUAUGGGCUUCCCUCAUCAAACCCUGACAGCCCAACAUCGUAUGCGUCCGGAGAUCUCAGCGUUCAUCAGGAAACUCACAUACCCCGACCUCACCAAUGCUGCCAAGACCCAGGGCCGUGAUGACAUUCGCGGUAUCCAGAACAACAUCUUCUUCAUUGACCACACUCAUCCCGAGGAUAACGACCCUCGUAUUUCCGACCCAGGCGAUGGGGCCUCGUCGAAACAGAACACCUAUGAAGUCAAAAUGGUGUGGAAGAUCGUACACUAUCUCGCCCAGCAAGGCUAUGGGACGGACAAGCUGGUCGUUUUCACACCGUAUCUUGGGCAGCUCUCAACACUUCGAGAUGUUCUGAAGAGGGACAAUGACCCUGUGCUCAAUGACCUCAACUCACACAAUCUCAUCCGCGCUGGACUUAUGUCCCCAACUGACAAUACGUCCAAGAAGUGCAUCAGGCUUGCCACUAUAGACAACUAUCAGGGCGAAGAGAGUGAUAUUGUCAUCGCUAGUCUGACAAGGUCUAAUGAGUCCAACGACAUCGGUUUCAUGAACUCCCCUGAACGUCUGAACGUGCUCAUCUCCCGGGCUCGAAAUGGAUUCAUCCUGAUCGGGAACUCACAGACCUUUGUGAAUGCUCGGAGGGGUAAGGAGCUCUGGGGAAAAUUCUUCGAGCUCAUCAAACAAGGCGGCUACAUGUACAAAGGUUUCCCGAUCAAAUGUGAACAUCACCCAGAUCGAACGGUGCUCAUGAAAUCUGCGUCUGAAUUUGAUACUCUUUGUCCAGAUGGCGGAUGCACAGAGAUAUGGUAA